GUGUGUGUGUGUGUGUAUUUACCAUCUCUACAUUACAGGGGCCAGUUCAUGCAGUGUUUGUCACAAAGACCACAACACUGAUUUAAGGGCCUCUAUUGUCGUACUUUGUGCUCAGUCCAAACGUGUUACUGUCUGGGCUCUUUGGAAUAAACAGAUGCUUUAAACCAGCGGCAGUGUCAGUGCUGACGGAGCCCAACUGUAGUCAGGACCUGAAAAUGUUUGUCACUAUCAUGUUUGGAGACAGCAGGAUGGAAAUGUUCAAUCUCAACUGUAAGCUGAUAAACUUCAUCCAUCAUUUAAAGGAGAGGUGUGGUCUGGACUUCAAAGACUGUGUUGAUCUGAUGGACAGGAGUGGUAGAGUGAUGAACCUGGAGGGGAAGCAGCAAAGCGUGGCUCUGACCAGCAGCGUGCUGGAAGAGAGACAAUACUACGUCCUCCUGCGAGUCAGCCGAGAUGAUACUGGAAGUCGGAAAUACGUAUCUCUACUAACUAACUUCAGCCAGAGUCAUCCUGAGUUAACAGAGCUGCUGAAUAAACUGUCAAACCCCAACAAGGAGCGAAACAGAAAGAUGAGAGCAGGACGGACACAGAGGAGCAGUCCUGGCAAACGAACUAGGAGCAAUACCCGCUCUGCAGAUAACAUGAAAUAGUUUCUAUAUGAGACUUCACAUUCAGAAAACCUGAAACAAAACUGACGUAUUUACACCCACACCAGCUACUGCAAGUGCUGUAUCUAUGGAAUCUGGUAAAUUCAUCAGAAGUAGGAAGUUGGCAAAUGUCAGACAGUGCCACGUCUUAUUUUGUUUAUUCGUUGCUCCAUUGCAAACCACAAAGGUUUUGAAAGAACCUUCAGAUGUACAUAGAACUCUCAGAGGUGAUGCUUAUGUAGACGUUGUGAGAGAACUUUCCAUUCCAGCAUGUCACAUAUGUAGUUAGACAGGAUCAGGCAUAUGUGCUGAGGUCACUUUAGGGACAGUGUUAAAUGUUAGAUUCUUUCAUUGAGAUGCGGAACAGCUGUAUGUUUGUGUUUAAGGAAACAGGAACCAUUCUGAUUAUUACUAUGGUAACUGAGGUCAGAGGACAGGGCUUUCUCACUCUAUAGACACAACACAUACCCUUGAUGCCGCCACAGAGUCAGAUAACAAUGACAGACCUCUAAGGGGAAACAUAGGUCUGCAGACUAGUGAUCAUUUCUGGACAGAGUAGUUGUGCCACUGUCCUGAGGGCAGAGAGGACAGCGUCUUCAGAACUGAGGCAGCAUCAUGACAAGACAAGUGUACUGAUGAAUCCUCUAUUUUCUUUGAUCAAUAAAUCUU